CGCGAGGUUACUACCUCGCGAGUCCGCCUUUCGAGUUUGUCAAGCUCGCGAGUGGCGAACGGUCGAGUGCACGACGGUGUGAGACCGCUCGAGAAUUUUCUUUACUCGACUUCAGUGAGAAAAAUUCGGGACCAUGGGUGACAGGAAGGAUUUCGAUGUUCAAGCGGAUGUUAGCUGCGAUUCGUAUUACGUGCCCUCAGCUAUCGAGCUUGUAGAAAAUUUGGAUGCGUUAGGUACCGGAUUGCUGAGUGCCGGAUCGAUAUUCACAGUCAUCACACUAUACUUCGCUGUCGAUACAUGUCACAAUAUCGCUCACCAGAAGAACUCGAAAUUUUACAAAGGGAAUGUUAUGAUGAUCCUGUCGGUGUAUCCGGUCGCGAGUGUAUGCAGUCUCAUGGCGAUUGCGGUACCAAGAGGUCAGCUACUAUCGGAAGCGGUAACCCAGAUUUUCAUAACAAUCUCAUUUUAUCGACUCUAUCUACUCCUGGUGGACGUCGGUCAUCGAAAGAUCAGCGAGACGCCGACGUUGAUGCUGCGAGUCGGGCCCUGUUGCUGCUGGCCCUGUCUGCCCUUUCCGAACCUUCAGAUGACUGACGCCAAUUUGUCUUGGCUAAGAAUCCUGGUCCUCCAGUUUCCUAUCGUCCAGGGUCUCCUCUUUUUUAUAUUACUUUUUAUGACCGCGGAGGAUGCGACUCUUGCCACGCAAUACAACCUAUAUCUUCAGCCAUUCAUGGUAACCAGCAUAUUGCUUGGAAUAUAUGGUAUAACUGUUACUACAAAGACUCUGCAUGCGGUAGCCCCAGAGGCCAAUCUACAUUUGAAAACACUGGUAUUGCAACUGAUGCUGUUGUUCUCGAAACUGCAAGCGGGCAUUAUUAAGGGACUAGCUGGCGUUUUUCCGUGCAAUCCACCUCUUACUCCGACCGUUUAUGCCACCGUAACGUACAACUCACUGAUGUUAGUCGAAAUGCUGAUACUUUGUUACGCUGCACGACUUGUAUAUUAUGUCGACCCAGAGAAAAAUCGAGAACAGGGAGAGGACAGGGCGAUAGAUCGAGUGUCAACGAUUCGGAUAGAGCCGACAAAUAGCAACGAUGCCAACAAGUAAUUUGUAACGAGAUAUUCACGUAAGAUUAUGAAGCUGACAUCAGAGAUGUCGAUUGUAUUAUAUAUACGUACUAUUUAUGUAAAAAAAAUUUCAUUGACGAAAAAUUCGUAUCUCUCGUUUCAAUCAGCAGACAUCGAUCAAUAAAUUAAUAUUUAUCGACGCGAGAUAAAACGGGAUUAUGUAGAUGUAGAGCUUAUUACGUUCUUCUUUUGAAGAAUUUAACUUUUAAAUUUAUUAUUACAAAUCCUCUCUCUACUUCUGCAUCGUAAAUUCCCUUAUGUAAAUGUCAUUAUUAUAAUAAUAUUAAUUAUAAUUGUUAUUGAUUAUUAUGAGAAACAGUAAUAUUAAUUAGUAGAACGAUAUUAUAAGAGGCUCACAAAUAGAGGUCGACAUACUUAAAAGUCGAUCAUUACUUAUUGUUAGACUGAUUUUUUUUAAAUCUGCAAAUUUCAAAUUUUAAAUAAGUGUUUCCUUUUAUCUCUUCGAGAUAUUAUUUGUAUUAUUUUACUUUUUAUUUUUUAAAUUAUCAUCGCAUGAUGAGAGUAAUUCUAGAAAGAUUAGAAGAGAUAUCACAUAUUUUCCUUUUUUUAAUCAUUGCACGCCUAAUAAUCAUAAAAAA